GGAAGCAUCAGUGAACUUUGGUUUGUGGUCCAUCUUUGGAGAGACUUCACCCCUUCAUCCACAAAGAAAAGUAAAACCCAAUGGCAGAACCUACACAAAUUCCUAUAAUUGACUUCUCUUUCAUCAAUCAGUCCAGGGAUAAGGUUUCGAAGGAAAUUGUUGAUGCACUUGAAAGCGUUGGCUUUCUUUUCCUGGAUAAUGUUGGUUUUGAUCGAAAAGCCAUUGAACAGGCAUGCAAAUGGUUUCAUAGUUUACCAGAAAGCAACAAGUUUGCUCUGGCGACCAAAAGUUUCAACCCUAAGAACAAGAACAUCUAUCGUGGUUACUUUCCGGCAGAUGCAACAAAUUCAAGUUUCAAGGAAGGUUUUGAGGUGAGUGAAGAACUAAGUCAAGAGGAGUGUGUCAGUAUUGGAUUCCCCUUGUACGAACCCAAUCGAUGGCCAUCUGCAACGGAAGAAGAGACAGCGUGGUUUAAAAAGACCCUUUGUGACCAUUACAAAUUGAUGCACAAUACUGGGACUGAGGUCUGCCGUUUGAUUGCUCGUGGUCUUGGUGCAAAUGAAGACUGGUUUGACCAUAUGUUCUCACCUUAUCCAUUGUCAACCCUUCGUCUCAUCAAUUACCCCAUCCGUCCCAAACCGAUCCCCGAUUGCGCUCGUGAUGGUGAUUAUAUUCUCCACUGCGGGAGCCACACAGACACCCCGUUUAUAACCUUGCUCGCAACAUUUGACUAUCCUGGCUUGCAGAUCCAGGACAAGAAUGAUCUUUGGGUGGAUGUGCCAGUCCGGAGUGAUUCUUUAGUCCUCAAUAUUGGGGACGUCUUGUCGAAGGUGACAGGAAAACGAUUAAGGGCAACGAGACAUCGGGUCGUGGACAUGGGAAGCACACGUCAGUCUGUACCGUAUUUUCUUGAGCCACGUUUUGAUGCAAACAUCAACAGAACUAUUGUCAACACUGGAGCCACGACUGAAGAAGAGGAAUUGGGUUAUGGCCCUUUCCUGAUCCGAGAAAUGAAAGCGAAAGGAUACGUGGAAUAUGAAGAUUUGUUAAAAUGACUCUAGGGCUUGCAUCAGCGCCGUGAUUUUGAAUUUGGGGGAUAGAUUGGUGGUUCACAUGGUAAAUACGGGGGUGUAGCGUGUGAGGGGUUUGGAGCGGGGCUGCUACACCCUGCGUUUUGGAUAUAUUAACAUUCAGACAAAUGCCAAUUGUUGUAAUGAAAUUUAUAUAUAUAAUUGUAUACAAAAUAAAUAGGGAAAUAGGUAGGAAACCCACAAAUAUAUGCUUUUAAAUUGUUUUCAAAGGUUUCAUAUAAACGCUUGGUGUAGAAAGGAAUUGCUAGUGGUGUAUCAUUCGUAAACUUUGGUGAACUGUGUUUGGUGAAGUAAAGUUUUACCGAUGGCAUAUCAGAAGUAUUGCAUAUUCAAAAUUAACUCUCGUUAUAGAAAAAUAUAUAUUUUUUCAGUAUUGGAAUUACAAAAACUAAAUUUUAAUUAUCUACACAACAAUUACUAUUUAAUAUAACUAAAGUAUGUUGAUCAAAUGGUUUGUCAAUUUACUAUCUACAA